AUGGCGUCGGACGAUGGGGACGGUGGCCCGUCCUCUCCAGUUUUACCGCCGAUCGAAUGUCAGCAGGAAACAUUCUAUACUUACGUGCGAAUCCUGGGAAGAGGGGCAUUUGGAGAAGCGGUGUUGUACAGGAAGAGCGAGGAUAACAGCUUGGUUGUAUGGAAAGAGGUCUAUCUCAAUAGUUUGAAUGAGAAGGGGAAGAGAGAUGCUCAAAAUGAGAUUGACAUAUUGUCAUUAAUGAACCAUGCCAAUAUCAUCACCUACUACAAUCACUUUUUGGUAGAAGACAGUCUUCUCAUUGAAAUGGAGUACGCUAACGGUGGGAAUCUUCAUGAGAAGAUUGUGAAACAAGAGGAGUUGUUCUCAGAGGAGGUUGUUCGUUGGUACAUGUUCCAGCUGACGUCAGCAGUAUCAUACAUACAUGGCUAUGGUAUACUCCAUAGAGAUCUGAAGACAUUGAAUGUCUUCUUGACGAAACUGGGUCUAGUAAAACUGGGAGACUUUGGCAUUUCAAAAGUUCUGGAUACCAAGUCUCAGUUGGUGGACUCGUUUGUUGGAACCCCAUAUUACAUGUCACCCGAGAUAGUUCAGGGGGUCAAGUAUAACUUCAAGAGUGACAUUUGGGCUUUAGGCUGUGUUUUGUUUGAGCUGUUAACACUACAAAAGACAUUCUAUGCCACAAAUCCCUUGAAAUUGGCCAAUGAGAUAGUGUGUGGAGAAUUUGGUGAGAUUGAUCCCACAUAUUCCUAUGACGUUAAACAACUUGUGAAGUGCCUGCUUCAAAAGGAUCCUGAUGAUAGACCUUCAGCUGAAGAAAUACUGAACAGAGCUGAGUUUGCCAGUGACAGGGACAGAGUGGAAAACAAAGUCUGGGAGUUGAAUGCUGUUGCCCGCCGUGUGCGCAUGUCUGCCAAUGCAUUAACGGACACUGUUCCCGUGGUGACCUCAAAGACAAGUGAAGUGUACCAGUGGGGAGGGGGCAAACAGACACCGCAGAAGCUGGAUCUGUUCAAGGGAGGGAAAAGUGCCAUGCAGGUUGUGGCUGGUCAUUCCCAUUUUGUCGCCAUCACCAUAGAGAAGGAAAUUUACACUUGGGCUAAUGUUCAGGGAGACACCAAGAUAGAAGGUCAGCUGGGUCAUGGUGACACAGCAGCGUACAGAAUACCCCGCAAGGUGGAUGCCCUAGAGGGAGUCCCCAUCAAACAGGCAGCCUGUGGGGAGGACUUCACACUCUGUGUGACAGAUGAUGGAGAAGUUUAUGCUUUUGGCUCAGACUACUACGGCUGUUUAGGCUGUGACAAUGAAGAAGGGGAUGAAGUGCUGACACCUAUACCUGUUAACUUUUUCUCCAGUCAUCCUGUGGCAGAGAUUGCUUGUGGAGAUGCUCAUGUGAUAGCCCUGACUAAAGCUGGGGAAGUGUACAGCUGGGGCUGUGGGGAAUUUGGCAGACUGGGGCUGGGCUCUGAAGAUGAUUUCUCUACUCCACAAAAGGUUGAGACGAGGGCCCGUCAUACGAUUUGCCACGUUUAUGCCGGAAUGGACGGAAGCUUUCUCUUGACACAAAGUGGGCGUGUCUUGGCUUCAGGUAGCAAUGAAAACAACAAACUUGGGUUCAACUCUUCAGCUGCAGGGCUCAGGAAGACAAAGAAGAAGAUAUCAUACGACAUUCCAUGUAAGAAGGUGUUCACACCGGUCAAACCACUGUGCAGACGGCAUAUUGUUGAUGUGGUGCCUGGACAUACACAUUCUGCUGUCAUUGAUAUGUAUGGGCACCUGUAUAUGUUUGGCUCAAAUGAGUUUGGUCAGCUUGGUCAGGGAGAUUACAAGACUCGCACAGGGCUGAGUCGGGUGGGUGGAGCUCUCACUGGCAAGAAAGUAGAAAAAGUGGCCUGCGGAGAUGGAUUCAGUGUGGCGGCAACUAGUGACAACGAGCUUUACUCCUGGGGUAAUGGUGACUUUGGGCGCCUGGGUUUCAUGUCAGGGGAGCAAGGGAAGGGCCCUAAUGGGCGCUGUACAGCCCUACCUAAGGUGAUAUUUGGGGCACAUUACUUGGUGGCUCACCUGUCCUGUAAACAUUGGCACACUAUCAUUAUCGCAGAAAAAGUCAUCCAGCAAAAGACCUUGAAAAAAAGAGUUUCUUCCCCAAAGUCUGCUAGCAGUCCGAAAAACUUGCCAGACCUGGAUGAGGGAGUGGAUGGAAGUCAGCCUGGCAGUGGGGACUCCACUGAGUUUGUGCUAAAAUCACCAGCUGUGGACAGCCCUCUAGAGUUACCUUCUCCUGGGGAAUCCCCUGUUAGCCCUGGCUCCAAGCACCUGUCUGUCAAUCAGGGCAGCACUGUUCCUGAUUGGCUGAGAGCUGAAUUGGACUGCGCAGAGUUCAUUCCCCUGCCUGGUAAAACUGAAAUCUGGCCAAACUGCAGGCAGUGA